AUGGAGGCGUACUGCAAUGCAGUGCGUCGCCUCGAGGACAAGUUUGACGGGCUCGAGCUUAACCACAUCGCACGCAAGUACAAUGAGGAAGCAGACAAACUGGCCAAAAUCAUAUCUGGGCGGACCACUGUUCCCCCGAACGUCUUCGCCCGUGACCUCACCAAGCCAUCCAUUGACUUCAAGAAUCCUGCGGAAGCCAUCAGAGCAGCACCCGAACCCUCGGGGGUUGCGGCCGUUGAGCCAUCGGCCAAGGACCCAUCGACGAAGGGGCCCGAGGCCAUGGCCACAGACAUCGAAACCUCCUCAGUAGAUGAGGCUGAAGCAAUGGAGAUCGAUGAGAACCCACCUCCACGAGACUGGCGCACCCAAUACCUCGACUGGAUGAUCCGAGGGGUUCUACCCUCAGACCGCGCUCAGGCGCGGCGCAUUGCCAGGCGGGCCAAGUCUUUCAUCCUGAUCGACGACGAGCUGUACAAGCGCCGUCCCUCGGGCGUCCUACAACGAUGCAUCCCCGUCCCCGAGUGCAGGGAGCUGAUCCGAGACAUCCACAACGGCAUCUGCGGUCACCACGCCACGCCGUGCACCCUCGUGGGCAACGUGUUUCGACAAGGCUUCUACUGGCCCACCGCGGUCGCCGACACCACUGACGUCAUGCGGACCUGCGAGGGUUUCCAGUUCUACGCUCAGAAGAUGCACCUCCCGGCUCACGCUUUGCAGACAAUCCCCAACACAUGGUUGUUUGCCGUGUGGGGAUUGGACCUUGUUUUCUCGUAUACUUAG